CUCCUCGCUGUUUUUUAUCAACCAAUCGAAAGUAAGCCUGCGUGGAAAGUCAGAUGACGCGUCGUUUUAUGCAACUCUGUGGUGUUGCUUGGGUCUAUCUCGAGCCUACAAGAGGAGGGGGUGUGGAGAUUAGACAGAUGGCAUCUGGAUUCUACAGUUACCUGCGGUAAAGUGAAGCGAGUAAAGAGUAAACGACUUAAAAGAAAAGGAGGGGACGCGUGGGCAGAGCCGCUCGUGAGCGCGCUUAACAGCCAAUAACGUCUGAAAAAAGUAAACCGACUGCGCACGCGCGUUCAGGUCAACCGCCUGCCGGCUCCGUUGUAUUCCUUCACAGAGAUCGCAGCGGCAGCGCUCGGGCUUGCAUGCCACACCCCCCUCCGGGAGCCGGACGAAGCAAAGAACAGGAGGAGGGGGAGAUGGCGUCGUCGCCGGUGGCUGUGAGCGUCGAGAUGGCGCCAGAACCAGGUGGUAGUGGCGUCUGUGACGGUCAGUCGGAGCAGGAGCGGCUGCUGCGUCGCGGGGAACUUCUGGCGCUGGGCAAUCGCCUGAAAGAAGCGCUGGAGACUUACUCGGCGGCGCUGCGCCUGGGCCCGCCACCCACCCCGACCUCCCGCCGGCGCAUGGGCAAGCUGGUGGACUGCCUAGUGGCGCACUAUCGCCUCCAGCAGCGGGGACCGAAAGCCUGUGCGGCUGGGAACGCGCCGGGCGAGGGGAAAGAGGAGCAGCAGUUGCCGCUCGGCGGUUGGGAACACAGCGGAGUAAUGACUGGGCUGUUCAGCUGCUGCGGCUGCCAAGGCUUUCUGGGCGAACCGGUGACAGUACCUUGCGGGCACACCUACUGCCGGCGCUGCUUGCAUGAGGAACUCCGCGCUUGUUGCCCCCACUGCGGGGAUCCGCUCGCACCAUCGUCCGUCGCCGUCGUCCUCAGUUACUUGGCAGAGAAGUGGUUCCCGGGGGAGUGUAAGAGAGUUCGGACCUGGCGACGUCUUGGCGAAUUGCUUGGGCAAGGGCAUCUCCGGGAAGCUCAUGCAGCCGCCAGCCAGGCCCUCAUGAAGGAUCCUAAUGACUUGAUGUUACGAGUUUAUAGAGCUGAAUCCUAUGCUGGCUUCCAAGAACUUAAAUCUGCCCUGGAUGACCUGAAUGCUGUUAUCACUAUAAUGCCAAAUUGGCCUGAGGUCUACUUUCGAAAAGCAAAAAUACUUCAUAAUGGUGGCUCGGUAGAUGAUGCCUUACCGCUCUUUCUUCACUGCCUAGCCCUUGAUGAAGAAUUUCUUCCAGCAAAACUAGAAGUAGAAAAGAUGCUGUGUGAUUUGCUGUCACCAGAAAAUGUGAGAGAGAGUCUGAAGGAAUCUACUUUGAAUUCUCUGAAUUCUUCACAUGUUCAAAGUAAACCAUUUAUACACGGUUCUGAAAUGGAAGAGUCUUAUGAUAAUUUACAGCUCAGUUCACAGCCAGAUUUAGAAGUGCAACAGGUUCCAUCAGAGCCUGUUGGAAGAAACCUGCAUCGUGCAAAGUCUGCCCAUUCUCUUAACUCAACAGGAAAAAAUGCUAAAGAUGAUGGAUUAAAAAGGGUUUCUUCUGAACCUCUGCUUUCCAGCCAAGAUAAAGGUGCUUUAUUAAAAAGGAAGUUGUCCCUUUCAGAGCAAGAUGUUACAGUUAGUGAAGAUGGAAGGAAUAAACAUAAAAAACAAGGAGAAACUGCAAAAAGGGAUGCUGCCUUUCCAUUCAAUUAUGGACCAGUUCCACAGGACUUAAUUGAUGCAUCAGACUUUGAGUGUUCAUUGUGUAUGAGGCUUUUUUUUCAUCCUGUCACAACACCCUGUGGCCAUACUUUCUGUAAGAAUUGUUUAGAACGCUGUUUAGAUCAUACUCCUCAGUGUCCUCUAUGUAAAGAAAGCUUAAAAGAGUAUCUGGCAAGCAGAAAAUAUAGGAUUACACAGUUGCUGGAAGAACUCAUAGUAAAGUAUUUGCCUGCUGAGCUGUCUGAGAGAAAAAGAAUUAAUGACGAAGAAACAGCUGAAUACUCAAACUUGACCAAGAAUGUUCCAAUUUUUGUUUGCACCAUGGCCUACCCAACUGUGCCUUGUCCCCUCCAUGUGUUUGAGCCAAGAUACCGACUGAUGAUUCGAAGGAGUAUAGAAACAGGGACAAAACAAUUUGGAAUGUGUAUCAGUGACCCUAAAAAUGGUUUUGCAGAUUAUGGCUGCAUGCUGUACAUUAGAAAUCUUGACUAUCUGCCAGAUGGACGGUCUGUUGUUGAUACAGUUGGAUUAAAGAGAUUCAGAGUUCUGCAAAGAGGGAUGAAGGAUGGUUAUUGCACUGCAGACAUUGAGUAUCUGGAAGAUACAAAGGUUGAAGAUGAAGGUGAGAUGAAGAAACUCGGAGAGCUCCAUAAAUUUGUAUAUAGCCAGGCUUGCAGUUGGUUCCAAAGCUUAAGAAACAAAUUUCGUAGCCAGAUACUUCAGCACUUUGGUCCAAUGCCAGAGAGGGAAGGAAACAUACAGGAAAUGGCUAAUGGACCUGCUUGGUGCUGGUGGCUUCUAGCUGUCCUCCCUGUGGACCCUAGAUAUCAGCUGUCUGUGCUGUCUAUGAGAUCUUUGAAAGAACGACUGAUAAAAAUUCAAGAUAUAUUGACGUAUUUCUCUAGAGACCAGUAAAAAUGACUAACUGUCUGGAACUUACUAAAACAGUACCCUAGUCUAGCUGUAACUACAGCUGGAGUUCUUGCAGCAUUUGCACUUCUAGCGCUGGUUUGAGAACUAUAUCAGAACUGCUUUUGUUAUUUUUCUCUGUUAAUGAGUUCUGCACAUGGAUCACUUCAACUUGAAGGAUACCACUAAAACUGCACACAGAAAAAUUCAAUCCAGCAUCAAACUAUAUGGGAAAGUUGUACUCUAUUUGCACUAUAUACAAAUGAGAAUGUAUCAUCCUGUGAUUUGCGUAUUUCCACGGAUUAGUUGGAAAGUGCAGGAUUUAAAACUGUCCAAGUUUACAAUUUUAAUGAUGCAUUCAGUGUCUUGCAAAUCACACUUUGCCUCAGAUGCAGCACUCUGUUGCUAUUUGCACAAAUAUUUAAAAUGUAGUAUUGAAUGUUGCUAUAAAAAAACUGUUCUGUGAGUGUCUUAACUAUAAAUAUGGCUCAAAUUAAUUUUCUUGCAUACUUUCUUAAUAAAACUGAUUGUUUGAAUUGGAGCCAUGUUAAAGAACAAUUGAAAAAUAGUUUGGGCAAGAAGCUAUUGCAACUGUGAACAUAUUACCUAUAACUGUGCAUUGUGAGAGACUGGGGUUAGACACAGAUGACUACUAGAAGACUCUUUGGAGUGGUUGAUUUGAGCACUUAAGGAGUGUCUCCAGUACGUGGCACAAAUAUGGCUUAAUGCACUAACCACUGAAUACAGCAGUGAUUCCUAAAUUUAUCCAAUAUUGGCCAGGCAAGCUAGCAGAUUUGAAAAUACGGUGUGAAUCUUGGCUCCGUGAAUCUUGGCUCCAUGAAUCUGCUGUGGCUCACCCAAUACUCUUGCAGACAACUGAUGUGAAAGUUUGGGAACUACUGAAGCACUGUUAUAAAAGUCAAGGGUUUAUCUAGUUUUUGAAAGGUCAAAAACAUUUGGUGCAAAUAGGACUUCCAUGCCUUAUUCAUAUCAAUUACACUGCAAUGCAAAGGUUAGCACUCUGCUUGCCAAUAGGUACUUUUUGUAGUUUUCAGUUUGUGAAUGUCUGACUUGUAUGUGAAAUCAUUUUGUAAAAAAACUUUUCAAAUCUUGCUCUUGCUAAUAUUUAAUUUUCAAUAAACCUAAAGCUUAUAUUUUUUUUAACUUAAAA